GAAAACGAGUUAAAAAAGAUUUUGUUGGUAGUAUUGAUAAUGAUCAAAUAUAGCUGAAGGUGCAAGUGAAACAAAACAAAAAAAAGGAACUGAAACAGUUUUUCGAAAAGCGAAGAAAUCGCGGAGUGGACGCACAUGUUCUGUAACAUAAUUAUCCAAUAGCAUCAUUACUCAUGUCUAGACUGGAGAAUGGAGUCAUUGCAGGACCAAUCGGGCUCACGACUUUGCAAGAGAAGCCGCUCGAGGUGGACAAAAGCGCCAAAGGAGGCAGCCUUGGUCCGGAAAGCCCCGGUGGCCGCGAGCGCACGGACAGCGGCUGCUGCAGCUCGUCCGUGCCGACCAGCGACGAGGAGGAGACCGCGGCCAUGCCCGAGCCAAAGGGAGUCGCGCCCCAGGAGGAUGGGGGUGAUGGACUCGCGGAUGACGAGGAGCUGAGCCUAGACCUCGACCACGUGCCCGACGAGGUGCUCGAGUACGCCAGGACCCAACUCGGGGAAACGGACGAGGUCAAGUGCCAGACGGUGCACGAGCUCCGGGAAAUGAUAUACGAACGAGGCGAGUGCCUGCCCCACCGAAUGGACGACGACUUCCUGCUCAGGUUUCUACGGGCCCGCGAUUUCAAUGUCAACCGAGCCCACCGACUGAUAGUCCGCUACUACACGUUCAAAGAGGAGCACCCGGAGAUCCAUCAGAACGUCAAUCCCGUGGAGAUGAGGCACAUCGGUGACGACGACAUAAUGACCGUACCGGCGUAUCGUUCACCCUGCGGCAGGCGGAUGAUGAUCUACAGGAUGGGCAAUUGGGACCCGCGCAAGUACUCGGUCGAAGAGAUAUUCAAGGCCACUGUCAUCAUACUCGAGCUCGGCCUGUUGGAGCCGAGGGCACAGAUACUCGGUGGCAUCGUCAUCUUCGAUCUCGAGGGCAUCACCAUGGCUCACGCGUGGACUGUCACGCCUCAGGUAGCGAGCAUCGUCCUGUCGCUAAUAGUGGCGGCAUUCCCGAUGACAACCUACGCCAUCCACAUCCUCCACCAGUCCUGGAUCUUCGAUACGAUGUUCGCAGUAUUCAAGCCACUGAUGGACGCCCGCAUGAACGCCAAGAUAUUCUUCCACGGCUCCAACAUGGAGAGCCUCCACAGGCACAUACCACCGGAAUACCUGCCGAAAAAGUACGGCGGCACGCGCGAGGAGCUGCCGUACUACAAGUGGAUCGAUGCCCUGGGCAACGACCCCCGCGUCGUGAAGGAAAUGAAGAGCUUGGGCUACGUUAUUCCAGACGACAUCGGCAAGGAAAUCAAAACUAAGAAGCUCUAG